CCUGUGUCUUGUGAGGCUGGCAUGCAGGAUGGCCGGACAGCCCAGCCACAUGCCCCACGGAGGGAGCCCGAACAACCUCUGCCACACGCCGGGGCCCGCACACCCUCCUGACCCACAGAGGCACCCGAACACCCUGUCUUUUCGCUGCUCGCUGGCAGACUUCCAGAUCGAGAAGAAGAUAGGCCGAGGACAGUUCAGCGAGGUGUACAAGGCCACCUGCCUGCUGGACAGGAAGACGGUGGCUCUAAAGAAGGUGCAGAUAUUCGAGAUGAUGGACGCCAAAGCCAGGCAGGACUGCGUCAAGGAGAUUGGCCUCCUAAAGCAACUAAACCAUCCCAACAUCAUCAAGUAUUUGGACUCGUUUAUUGAGGACAACGAGCUGAACAUUGUGCUGGAGCUGGCCGAUGCGGGUGACCUCUCGCAGAUGAUCAAGUACUUUAAGAAGCAGAAGCGGCUCAUCCCCGAGAGGACGGUGUGGAAGUACUUCGCACAGCUGUGCAGCGCCGUGGAACACAUGCAUUCUCGCCGGGUGAUGCACCGAGACAUCAAGCCUGCCAACGUGUUCAUCACGGCCACGGGCGUCGUGAAGCUUGGUGACCUCGGCCUGGGUCGCUUCUUCAGCUCCGAGACCACCGCAGCCCACUCCCUAGUGGGGACGCCGUACUACAUGUCACCGGAGAGGAUCCACGAGAAUGGCUACAACUUCAAGUCCGACAUCUGGUCUCUGGGCUGUUUGCUGUAUGAGAUGGCAGCUCUCCAGAGCCCCUUCUAUGGAGAUAAGAUGAAUCUCUUCUCCCUUUGCCAGAAGAUCGAGCAAUGUGACUACCCACCUCUCCCUGGAGAACAUUACUCUGAGAAGUUGCGAGAACUGGUCAGUAUGUGCAUCUACCCCGACCCCAACCAGAGACCGGACAUCGGAUAUGUGCACCAGGUUGCCAAACAGAUGCACGUGUGGACUUCAAGCACCUGAACGUGGACGCGGCGUGCCUUAUCAGAGCCGCACCACUUUGCCUUACUUGAGUCUUCUCUCCAAAGUGGCCGCCUGGUAGCCUAGAUCAACUAAGACAAGAGGGUUCAGCGGGUUCCCCGAGGGGGCCGGGCUUUACAGCAGAUGCCGAACGCAGAGCAGCUGGGGGGAGGGGCACUGGUCACACGUUAACUGGUGGUCAAAUUCGAAAGUCCUUUCUUUAAACUUUUGUGGACAAUCUCAGCUGGGUUGUUACCAAGGGUGAGUGGUUGGGCGAGCCACUGACGCGCCCCAUGUGUCUGGACUGUAAUGUGAAUCUUGAGGAUAAUUCCUUCAGUGACCUGUCAAGGUUUGUAAGAACAGGGGGGUUGCAGGAGACCGUGUGAUUUGUAGUGAGCCUUUCAAAAUGGUUAGUAGCAAGUUCGGUUUAGCUCUUAGAAUCUUUUUUAAAAAAUCAAGCUGUGUGCUUGCUCUGUUGUAAAAGGAUAAGGUGGAAAUAAUUUUUUUUUAAGCAGAGUGAUUUUCCUAAUAUUUUAUCUAUGUUUAUAACUCGAUGAAUGACGAUGAGGAGAACUCAGCAUCUGGCACAGAGCUUCAGAAGGCAAAUAAUAUUGGGAAGCCACGUGUGCCUUCCAUGCAGUCCGGCUCAGCCGCCUUCUCCUGAACACCUGCCAUGUAGCAGGCACUUCCGUCACCUGCUUCAGUGCUGGCAGGUCACUUAACAAUCAGUGUUAAGCGUUGUCCUCUGUGGGAAGGAAGCAUGGGGUACAAAAAAAAAACAAAACAAAAAAAAACAAAUAUAAAACAUGCCCUUGGGCUGUUCUCUGUGCAAGUUCUGGUUCUGCAACUUCCUGCCGCGACCCUGGGCAUCUUCCUUAGCCUGAGCCUUAAUUUCUUCAUCUGUAAACUGGGACUAAGACUAUCUACCUUCAGCGUUGCUGACAGAAUUUGAAAUAAAAUCUGCAAGUUACCUAGCAUCAUCGCCUUGCAGACGAUCCCAAAAUGGUUGCCACUCCCCCCUUCACAAAACUGACCCACGGACCAUGUAAGAGUUAACAUACAGCUGUAUUAUGCGUAGGAAACCAGAACUAUGUUCAUUUAUUUGUUCCCAAAUAGGAUUAACUGUGAAGACUAAUUUAUAAAUGUGAACUUAAGGAAAACUCAAGCUCUGAAGGAAAUCGUUUGCUUAUACUCAAGUUAAUCCUCAAAUGGUCUAAGUUGUCACCCGCUGACUUGGUGACAGUUCAGCCCUCCAGCUAGAUAGAGACAUGCCCGCCCGCUCUGUUAGCGUUCUGGUCAGGUGGUCCGCUUGCAGCCAACUUGCUGACCAGGGGCCCAGGCCUCCCUGGGGAUAAAGGACUUGGGCUGGGCCACUGCUCUGUUUCCAUGUGUGAACUCUGUUCUACUGUAACACUGUCGGGUUUGAGACAUUUUCUUCAGAUGCAACCUUUGCUUUGUACUUGUUCUCCAUGUUUGAAAUAAAAUGGGGUAAGAGGGGUCACUUC